CUGGAUUGGAAAGAGUAGCUGAACUUGAACCAGUGAUCUGAAAUGGUUGCUUAACCCAGCUGCACCACAACACUGGCCCCUAAAGAUUAACUCUAAGGUCACAAUAAAUUGAAAGGAAGAUGCCGAGUUUCCUCAUUGAAUUCCUUGCCUACACAUACAGGUCCUUCUGCAUGAUCAACAUCUCCUACCAGAGCAAUAGCUUUGUUACAGACGAUGAACCCUCAUCAACACAACAAGAUCACCUGAAGUCCAUAGUUUCCACACAGUUGGUGUUGCUACGAGGCUAUGAGUCUGGACAAAUGAAACCUUGGAAUUCUGCUUCUGGCUGUUCUUGGAAGUGGAACUUGGCUCCCAGUCUUGUGUGGAGCCCUUAGUGAUUCUAUUGCCUCCAACCAGUCACCUUGUCGGUAACGUUUCCUCUGAGAACAGAAGCAAGAAUAUUUCACUAACAAAAUGAAGACUUUGUUCAUUUUGUUUGUCCUGUUCCUUUGGACUGAAACAUUGGCAGACCAGAGCCCAGGGCCAGGCCCUCAGUAUGCAGACGUGGUGUUCCUGGUGGACAGCUCCGACCACCUGGGCAUUAAAAACUUCCCCUUCGUGAAAACCUUCCUGAACAAAAUGAUCGCCAGCCUCCCCAUCGAGGCCAACAAGUACCGCGUGGCGCUGGCCCAGUACAGCGAGCAGCUCCACAGCGAGUUCCAGCUGGGCACGUUCAAGGGCAAGGGCCCCAUGCUCAAUCACAUCAGGAAUAACUUCGGCUUCAUGGGCGGCUCCCUGCGCCUCGGGAACGCACUCAGGGAGGCGCACCAGACCUACUUCUCCGCGUCCGCUCAGGGCCGGGACAAGAAGCAGUUCCCACCCAUUCUGGUGGUGCUGGCUUCUGCCACAUCUGAGGAUGACGUAGAAGAGGCGGCAGAGGCCCUGCGCCAAGACGGGGUGCGAAUCAUCUCCGUGGGGGUGCAGAGAGCUGCGGAGGACGACCUGAAGGCCAUGGCCACGGCUGGGUUCCACUUCCACCUUCGGACAGUCAGAGACCUGAGCACGUUCUCUCAGAACAUGACGCAAGCCAUCAGGGACGCGGUGCAGCACAGACCCACAGGCCACCCUGCCGACCUGGAAGGCCCCUUCCCUGAACCCUGCCGGAAAGACUCAUUGACUGACCUCAUGUUCUUGGUGGAUGAGUCGUUUGGGAGCACCCAAAAUCUCAGGAACCUGCAGACAUUUCUGGAGAACCUCACCAGCUCCUUGGACGUGAAGGAAAACUGUGUGCAACUGGGGUUGAUGAGUUACAGUGGCAGCACCCAGGUGCUGGCUUCUCUCAAUUCAAGCAGAAGCCAGUCUGAAUUCCAGCAGCAAAUCCAGAAGCUGUCUGUCCGGGCUGGGAGAGCCAAUCUGGAGGCCGCCAUAGAGCAGCUGAGGAGAGAAGGCUUCUCGGAGGCCAGUGGCAGCAGAAGGGCCCAGGGGGUGCCCCAGAUCGCAGUGGUGGUCACCAACAGGCCAUCGGAUGACCCAGUGCGUGAUGCAGCAUUCAGGCUUCGGCUGGAGGGUGUCACUGUGUUUGCUAUGAACAUGCAAGGAGCUAAUGAAACUCAGCUGGAAGAAAUAGUGUCUUACCCUCCUCGGCAGACUAUUUCGCCGCUGACAUCCUAUGCAGGCCUGGGAAAUUACUCCAAGACAUUCCUGAAAAAGCUCCAGAGUGAAAUAUGGUCCCAGAUUUCUACUCAAGGGGAACAACUGGAACUUGAUAAAACAGGCUGUGUAGAUACAAAGGAAGCUGACAUCUAUUUUCUCAUUGAUGGCUCGGGCAGCAUCAGUGGAAGUCAGUUUGAGCAGAUCAAGAAAUUUAUGUUGGAGGUGACAGACAUGUUUAACAUCGGUCCAGAUAGAAUCCGUGUGGGCGUGGUGCAGUAUUCAUCCGACGGCGCAGUGGAAUUCGACAUUGAUGUCUAUAGGGAUAACAUUGGAGUAAGAAAGGCCAUUGACAACAUCAAGCAACAGAAAGGUGGCACCAACACUGGGAAAGCCCUGGAUUUCACCCUGCACAUCAUGAGGAAGGGAAGGCAUGCCAGGGGGAGGGAGGUUCCCUGUUACCUCAUCGUGCUGACCGAUGGACAGUCUCAGGAUGAGGUGGCAGAGCCUGCGAAGAGAGUAAGGGAUGAGCAAAUCACCAUUCACGCAGUCGGCAUUGGGGAAGCCAACAUGGAAGAACUGGUACAGAUUGCUGGCACCGAAGAAAAGGUUAAUUUUGGACAGAACUUUGAUUCUUUGAAAAACAUCAAAAAUGAAGUUGUUCAUCGCAUCUGCAAAGAGAAAGGGUGUGAAGACAUGAAAGCUGACAUCAUGUUUCUUGUGGAUGGUUCGAGCAGUAUAGGGUAUACAAACUUUGAGAAAAUGCAAACCUUCAUGCAAACCCUGUUAACGAAGAUUCAGAUCGGUGCAGAUAAAGCUCAGAUUGGUGUCGCUCAGUUCAGUCAUUAUAAUAAGGAAGAGUUUCCACUUAACAAGUUCUCUACCCAACAAGAGAUUUCAGACGAAAUAGGCAGAAUGAAUCUCAUCACUGGAAACACUCUGACGGGAAGUGCGCUCAGGUUUAUAGAGCCAUACUUCACCCCGUCCAAGGGCGCCCGGCCCGGCGUCAGAAAGUUCCUCAUUCUCAUCACGGAUGGAGAAGCCCAGGACGACGUGCGAGAACCUGCUGCAGCUCUGCGGGACCAGGGCGUGAUCAUCUUCUCGGUGGGGGUGUACGGAGCCAACCGCACGCAGCUGGAGGAGAUCAGCGGGGACGGCAGCCUGGUUUUCUAUGUGGAGAACUUUAAAGACCUAAAGGAUAUAGAAAAUAAACUCAUCUUCCGCGUGUGUACUCUCCAUGACUGUAAAAGGAUCAUGCUGUUGGAUGUUGUGUUUGUGUUGGACCAUUCACUCAGCAUAACGUCAGAGCAGCAAGACAGCAUGCUUAACCUAACGACCCAUUUGGUGAAGAAGUCGGAUGUGGGGAGGGACCGAGUUCAGUUUGGAGCCCUCAUAUAUUCUGAUGAUCCCAAAGUCCUCUUCUACCUGAACACGUACUCAAACCGCUCCGCAAUUAUUGAGGCUCUGAGGAAGGGCAGGAUUACCAAGGGAAGCACCUACACUGCCAGGGCUCUCAAUCACUCACUCACCCUGUUCCAGGAGGAACAUGGCAGCCGCAUCAAGCAGAACGUGAAGCAGAUGCUAAUUGUCGUCACAGAUGGGGCAUCCACUGAUUCGCCUCAGCUCAAUGACACCGCAUGGAAACUCAGGAGCAAAGGCAUCAGCAUCAUGGCGGUGGGCGUGGGAGCAGCCAACCAAAACGAACUGGAGAUAAUAGCAGGGAGUAAAGCAAACACCAUCCAUGUCGAAAACUUUGAUAAACUGAAAGAUGUAUAUCUGCCCUUACAAGAAAGUAUGUGUAACAAUGCACAAGAGGUUUGCAGCCUUCAGGAAGCUGAUGUGGUUUUCCUUUUUGAUGGCUCUGAUAUGGUCUCUGACUCAGGGUUUGUUACCAUGACAACCUUCCUGUCAGACUUAAUUGAUAAUUUUGACAUCCAGUCUCGGAGAAUGAAAAUCGGAAUGGCUCAAUUUGGGAGUCGCUACCAGAAAAUUAUUGAGUUGGAAAGCUCUCUCACUCAAAGUCAGUGGAAGGCACAAUUUCAGACCGUCACCAAGAUUAAAGGGCCACCUCGCAUCAACUUGGCCCUCCGUAACGUGCGUAGCAUGUUUGACCCAAGUGCCAGUGGGAGAAGAAACGCUGGUGUUCCCCAGAUGCUGGUGGUCAUUGUAUCUGGGGACCUACGCUAUAACGUGGUGGGUGCCAGGGAAGCCCUGAAAGCCCUGAGAGCCCUUGGCAUUUGCGUCCUGGCGUUGGGCAUUGGGGAUGUCCGUAAAGAUCAGCUGCUGCCCAUAACAGGCAACCCGGAAAAAAUAUUCACCUACGGCAACUUCGAUAAACUCAGUGAUGUGGAUGUGAAAAAAAGGAUGGUCCGUGAAAUUUGCCAGAGCUGCGGGAAGACCAGAUGCUUUGUGGACGUCGUGGUUGGAUUCGACAUUUCCACUCACCUACAGGGGCAGCCUUUGUUCCAGGGCCACCCCCGGCUGGAGUCACACCUCCCAGGCAUCUUAGAGGACAUCACCUCCAUCAAGGGGGUGAGCUGUGGGGCUGGUGCGGACACGCAGGUGAGCCUGGCCUUUAAGGUGAACAGCGACCAAGAAUUCCCGGCCAAGUUUCAAAUCUACCAGACAGCAGUCUUUGACAGCUUGCUGCGUGUUACCGUCAGUGGUCCAACUCGUCUGAAUGCCCAGUUCUUGGAGUCGCUGUGGGACACAUUCGAUGAUCGAUCUGCCUCCCGUGGACAGGUGCUACUCAUCUUUUCUGAUGGUCUGCAGGGAGAAAGCAUCACAGUGCUGGAGGACCAAGCAGACAGGCUCAGAGAAGCAGGACUAGAUGCUCUGUUCGUGGUUUCCCUUAACACAACUGCUCAUGAUGAGUUUUCCAGCUUUGAGUUUGGAAAAGGCUUUCAUUACAGGACUUACCUGAACAUUGGGAUGACUGAAGUGGGCAGAAUGCUCUCCCAGUACCUGGGGAACAUUGCAGAAAGGACUUGCUGCUGUACGUUUUGUAAAUGUCCAGGAGUUCCAGGACCGCAGGGGCCCCGAGGACAGCUAGCCUUGAAGGGUUCUACAGGCCUGAAGGGCAACAGAGGCCACAGGGGCGAGGAUGGAGAUCCUGGCAGGCGAGGGGACACUGGACUCCCAGGAGACAAAGGGAUUGCAGGCUGCCAAGGGGAGCGGGGCCAGAAGGGAGCCAAAGGAUUCUCUGGACAGAAGGGAGAACACGGAGAGAAUGGGCUGGACGGCCUGGAUGGGGAGGAGGGCGUUCGUGGAUUUCCUGGAGAAAAGGGAGAGAAAGGAGAGCUUGGCUUUCAGGGCAGCCCAGGUUCCAGAGGUCCCCCUGGGGCAAAUGGAGGAAAGGGCUUCCGAGGGGAUCCUGGUAACCCAGGACAAGCCAGUAACAUCAAAGGACUAAAGGGCUCCAAAGGAGGACAAGGAAGACAAGGUAGAGCUGGACUGAAAGGGAUGCCUGGCAGCCCUAGUUCCCAAGGAAGCGAGGGAAGAGAAGGACGGAGAGGGCUGCAAGGUGCCGUGGGGGUGCCAGGAAGUCUUGGACCACAAGGGAUGCAGGGAGCUGCAGGAUUACAGGGCCCACAGGGGUCAAGCGGAAGUCCUGGAACAAAAGGAGAAGAGGGCAGCCAGGGCCACAAAGGACCACAGGGUUUGCCUGGGCUGGCGGGACCUAAAGGAAGCACCGGACGACCUGGACUUUGGGGGAAGAAGGGAGAGCCUGGAGUUCCUGGAGUCCAAGGACCAGUGGGCCCAACUGGACAGCGAGGAAGACAGGGAGAUGAUGGCACCCCGGGUUACGGUGACAUGGGACGGAAAGGAGCAAAGGGCCCACGAGGACCCCCUGGAGACAUGGGGCAGAAGGGCGAAGUUGGUGAUCCUGGUGUUCCUGGAGGACCCGGCCCCAAAGGAUUUCGGGGACUAACACUCACUGUGGGUUUGCAAGGCGGAAGAGGAUCUCCAGGGUCCCCAGGACCCCCUGGUCGGAGAGGUCCAAAAGGCAUGGCGGGACUGCCAGUGUAUUCUCAGUGUGACUUGAUUCAGUUUGUGCGGGACCACAGUGCUUGCUGGGAAGGAAAGUGUCCAGUAUAUCCAACAGAACUGGUGUUUGCCCUGGACCAAUCCUCUGGGAUCACAGAACAGAGAUUUAAUGAGACAAGGGACAUGAUUGCUUCCAUUAUCAGUGACCUAAACAUUAGGGAAAGUAACUGUCCAGUAGGGGCCAAAGUCACCGUGUUGUCCUAUGACUCCAACGUCAGCUACCUCAUCCGCGGGUCUGACUACCACAGCAAGCGGCAGCUUCUCCAGUUUCUUUCCCAGAUAAGAUACCAGGCCCCCACAGAAGCCCGUGACAUUGGUCAUGCCAUGAGGUACGUGGCCCGCCAUGUCUUCAAGAGAACAAGAGCGGGAGCCAACGUGAGGAGAGUGGCCGUGUUUUUCAGCAAUGGUGCCGCAACCAGUAGGUCGUCCAUCAUCACAGCCACCAUGGAGUUCAAUGCCCUGGACAUUAGCCCUGCCGUCUUUGCCUUCAAUGAAAGAGGUUUUCUUGAUGAAGCCUUCAGGUUUGAUGACACUGGAACAUUCCAGGUGAUUCCAGUUCCUCCAAAUGGUGAAUAUGAACCAUUGGAAAGACUUCAGCGCUGCACGCUUUGCUAUGAUAAAUGUUUCGCGAAUGCCUGUGCCAGAGAAAUUCUCUUGCCUGAAGAUUCAUACAUGGAUGUAGCCUUCCUCAUUGACAAUUCUCGGAAUCUAGCAAGUGAUGAGUUCAAGGCUUUGAAAGACAUGGUGAGCCUCAUGAUCGACAACUUCAACAUUGCUUCCGAUCCUUUGGUCUCAGACUCUGGUGAUCGGGUUGCUUUGCUAAGCUAUCCCGCUUGGAGCAGGUCCAGGAGAAAUAAGACUGCAGUGAAAACAGAGUUUGACUUUACAAUGUACAGCAACCAAGCACUAAUGAAAGACUACAUCCAGACUUCCCUCCAACAGCUAAACGGAGAAGCCGCCAUUGGUCAUGCCCUGAUGUGGACCAUGGAAAACCUCUUUUCUGAAGCACAUUCAAGAAGGCACAAGGUGAUAUUUGUGGUCUCAGCUGGAGAGAACCAUGAGAAACAGGAGUUUGUAAGAAAGGUGGCACUGAGGGCCAAGUGCCAAGGCUACGUCAUAUUUGUGAUUUCUCUGGGCUCCACACCCACAUAUGACCUGGAGGAGUUAGCCAGCCACCCAGCAGAUCACCACCUGAUACAGCUUGGCAGAAUCCAUAAGCCAGAUCUGAACUAUAUUGUGAAGUUCUUAAAGCCGUUUGUACAUGCAGUCCGACGAGGGUUCAACUCGUACCCACCCCCGGUGCUUGAGGAUGCCUGCAGACUCAUUAAUUCAGAAAAAGAAGAUGGUCCAAACCGUGAUGUCCAAUUUAUUAAUGAGCUCCUUGAGAUUUCUUCAGAUGAGAACAGCUUCUUCAGCCAGGAAUUAAUUGCUGGAAAAGACUCCUCCUUUCUCUUGGAAGACAAUGGACACGGCCAUUUGGUUUACAUUCCAAGCCAAAUGGUAGAACCAAAGAUAUUAGCGAAUAACUAUGACAGCGAUCAAGGACCUACAGCCAAUGCUGCAUUAAAGAGUCCGGUCAUUGACCAUGAAAAACAUGGCAGAACAGAAGAAUCCAAUCUUUCUUUUAAACCUGAGGAUAUCUCUCUUCAAGAAUAUUACAUGGAUGUGGCAUUUCUCAUUGAUGCUUCCCAACGAGUGGGGGAUGAUGAAUUCAAGCAAGUGAAAGCAUUUGUAACCUCCGUGCUUGAUUACUUUCACGUCACCCCUGACCCACUGACCUCCAUCAUAGGAGACAGGGUGGCCGUGCUCAGCUACUCUCCUUCAGGAUACAGGCCCAACACGGAGGACUGCCCCGCUUACCUGGAAUUUGAUUUGCUUACCUAUAACAGUAGGGACCAAAUGAAGCAUCACCUCCUAGACUCCGUGCAACAGCUCAACGGAGAUGCUUUUACGGGUCAUGCCCUGCAAUGGACGAUUGACAACGUCUUUGUAGGAACUCCCAACCUUAAGAAAAACAAAGUUAUCUUCAUCGUAUCUGCUGGUGAAACCAAUCCUGUAGACAAGGAGGUCUUGAGGAACGUGUCUCAGAGAGCCAAGUGUCAAGGCUACACCAUAUUUGUGUUUUCCUUUGGUCCUACACACAGUGACAAGGAAUUAGAAGAACUAGCCAGCCAGCCUCUGGAUCACCACUUAGUCCAGCUUGGCCGAACCCAUAAACCAGAUUUCAACUAUGUCAUCAAGUUUCUCAGGCCUUUUGUGCAUUCGAUCAGACGUGCCAUUAACAGCUAUCCUUCAGAUGAUCUGAGAGCCAAAUGCCCCAAUGUCACCUAUCCCAGUCCAGAAAGCACCGACACAGAGAACACAGUCUUUCUUAUUCCUGAGGUAUAUGAAAUAGAGAGAGAUGACAGUGGGCUGUUCGGUGAGCCCGGCUCCUGGGAACGGCAUUUCUCAGCGUUAGGAAACAACCAGAGGAACGAUUCUCAGACUGUGAUGGGUCUAAUGCAGAAGCUGUACAUGCUCUUCUCAACGGGAGACAUGAUGCUGAAAGACAAGGGCGAGGCACAGCCGGAAGAAACUCCGGCCCCUGUGAGUGAUCAACAGGACAGGAAAGACGGUGAAAGCACAGGGUGAUCGCGCAGGAGAGUGCCUCUGUUGCCCUGUUCCAGUGUGUUCCAUGUGGUUCCAAUCAGAAAUUCUACAGCAUCUAUUAGAGGCAGAGCAGUAAGUGGCAGAAGUGCUUAAUGAAAACAAUUUGCUAAGAACAUCCUGCAUGUGUCCCCCGCGUCGGAUCUGCGGGAGCAGCGUUUCCAAGUGCAGACGUGCGCGUGCGCGCUCGAGGGCCAGGAACGGUCACGUGUCUCCCGACAGCGAGGCAGCCUGACCACGAAUAAUGAACAGAAUCUUGUGUUCGCCAGCUCUGCGUGAACAAGGUGCUAAUUUUGAUGCUGUGUCAGUGGCGUUCUCAUCUCCAGCCCAGCUCGGACUCUGGGGUAGAAGGUUCUGAAGCGGAAUUUCAGAGGGAUGUCUCCUGCCCGCUCACGGGAGUGGAAGCAUGCCCUGGCCUUCAGUUCCAUGUGACCCUGAUGCUGUAUCUAGCGCCCGUUGAAACCCACUGGCCAGGCUGGCCCCUCCCGCAGCCCUGUGCUGUUCCAGAACACUUGCAGCAGGGUAGAGAUCACAAGGCAGAAGACGACUGUUGAGUGCUGUGUCUCGCUUGGCUUUCAGCAAGCUUUGCUCUGCGCAUACUUUACUUUUGCUGUCGAAACAAUUACGGAAAAGCUUGAAUAUUCUGCGAGGCCAGGGCUGUUGGGAAGCACAGUGUAAUGAAAGAUAAUUUCUGAAAUAAAAGUAAGUCUGACCUGGCAAUUUGUUCUGUUCAUUUGUUUUUAACUGUCGUCUGCCUCAAACCCAUUAGAAUAACAGUACAAGACUGAACGCUUCUGGAAGAUAUGCACAGA